ACCGCCACACUGGGUCGGUGAGGACGUGAGGCGCAGUGUGUGUGGCUGUGAAUGUGAGUGUGUGGAGUGUCGCACUCUCACGCCACACUUGUGCCUUGAGUGCAGGGGGGAAACCCUUCGCUUCCUACCUCAGGGGAGAAGAGAUAUUUCCUCUCACUUUCUGCUUCACAUAAUUACUAUUCUAAUCUACAAUUUAAAGAGUCUUUGAAAGCUUUCUGGGAGUUGAAAAGUGCUUGGCAAUUCUAGCAGGGACACCUGACUGUAAACUUAACCCCGCAGUGGAGUGAACUACAGCAAAACGGCAAGAUGUGACACCUAAGAGAUCUCAAUAGUGAUCGUGUAACGAAAUAAAACCCAAAAAUAUUAAAACCCAAGUAUUUCACGAUGUAAAAACAAUCUAGCUUCAAAAAGUUACCAGUGCAAUAGUAUCGAGCAGUGUGUGUGUGUGUGUGUGUGUUGGAGGCUGUGAGGGAUUACAGUGACUCUUAAGAUCUCUAGGUCAGCAUCACCUGCUUCAGGAGAGAUUUCAUCCCGGGCCAAGAUGCUCCGGUGGGCGUCGGUGGAACAGGUGGUGGGUCUGGUGACCCUACUCACCUUCCUGACCUGGCCUGACCUUGGCUACACACAAGCAGCCGUGUCCUUCGACCCCAAGAAGCUGGAGUCGUCGUCUCAGGUUUGGUCUGGAUACCCUCAUAUCCUCUCCCCAAGCUUCGAGGACACGCCUCAGAACGUGACGGCGCUGGCAGGCGACUCUGCCUUUCUUCCCUGCACCGUAUCUCACCUGGGUGACCGAUCCGUGACGUGGAUGAGGAAGCGAGACCUACACAUACUCACCGCGGGGGUCUACACUUACUCCGCCGACGACAGGUUCAUGGUCCUUCACCCGGAGAACUCUGACGACUGGACGCUGCACAUCAAAUUCGCCAACGAGCGUGACGCUGGCGUCUACGAGUGCCAGGUCAACUCCGACCCCAAGAUUAGUCUCAAGGUCACUCUCACUGUAAAAGAUAGCCAGCUGGAUGACCCUCUGCACUACGGGAUAGCCACCACGGAUACUAGGUUUCCUGACUAUAUCUUUGACAACAACGACAAGGAGACGAAAAAGAACCCAAAGAAGAGCGGCAAGAAUAAGAAGAAUAAGGGUAGGCGUAAUUGGAGGCGACGCAAGGUGCCUCUGGUGGCGAUCGAGGGCCCGACGGAGCGACAUAUCCAGAGAGGGAGCGUCCUGGCGGUGACUUGUGUGGUCCGCCACCCGCCACACUCCGCCCCGGACCACAUCCUCUGGUUCCACGGGCCCACCAACAUCGACUACGACUCGGCUAGAGGCGGCGUCUCUAUCCAGACGGAGAAGUCGACCAGGAGGACGGUCAGCAAGUUGAUGCUGUCAUCAGUGGACCCAGGCGACACCGGCGAGUACAGCUGCAGCCCCACUGACCUCCAGCCCGCCGUCGUCACAGUUCAUGUCCAGGACGGAGCUGCCUGGUACACCACCGGGUCGCGAGAGCCGGGGGCAGGAUCGCAGCAGAGAAUGUCCGCGCUGAUGUGCGACCCUUCCUCAGCACUCUACCGAGGUCAGAUCCAGCAGCCGGUUAAGCAGGGUCCUGGACUAAGCACGGGCUCCGUCACCGCCUCCGUCAGCAGCGCCCUGUUGGCACUGGUCAUGAUGACUCUGGCUUGCAUCAAGUGCCGCAUGUUCGCUUGAGUGCGUGCAGAGGGCAGCACCCACAAGAGGUGGCGGACGCCGUGUGCUCUGGGGUAUCGUCUCCUGGGGGCAUGAAACUCACAGGAAUCCUCUCGCUUUCGACGAAGAAGAUCGCGGAUUCUGGGAAAAAAAUAAAUGGUGCGGUGACGAGGAAUGUGGCCAAGAUCAGUUGCCUGCAGAGGACAAGUGUGAUGGACUUUAAAAUUAAAGUGGAUGGCGGCGGGCCUCGAGGUGUUUGCUUGUAAAUGUUUGUAUGGAAUUUUUACAGACGUUUGUCCAUUCUGCUCACGUGUGGCAGUAUUUCGAAGUCCAUUUGGUGGUAAAAAAAAACAAAAGAAUGUGGAAGACCUUUUUUUUUUUACCCGAACGUUGACGAAACAUGAUGUUGGAUUAUAAAUAUCAGACGACGUUUUAAUUAAGCCAUCAUUUAGGUCACAGUUAACUUUCAUAUACCAGUAAAAAUUCCUGUAUAUUUAUAAACUUUGGUGAGAGAGUGCAGUGCAGUUUUAGGGAUGAGUACAUAAAACAGGGAGGUAUAUAUUUAUAUGAUGAUAGUCUGUUGAAACGUGGAAUCUGGCCCCACAGGACCAGGGGGCUAGAUUCACGAAAGCACUUACGAACCUGUACAUCUUUUCUCAAUCUUUGGCGGUUUUGUUUACAAUUAUUAAACAGUUAAUGAGCUCCGGAGCACCAGGAGGCUGAUUAUAACAAUAA